AUGAAUUGUCUUCAUCUUCUCGACAAUUGUGCAGUUUUCGAAGACGACGACAUUCUGUGGCUAGAAGAUUUUUGUGAUUCUUAUGAAUUCUUGACUGGAAAUUUUCAUCCCUGUGCUCUGAAAAUUGACAAGAACACAAAGGAUCCGUGUGUUCAGCAAUAUUUGGUCAAUUCUCCAUAUUUUAUGAAGAUCCACGACUUUAUCCUCAGGAUCAUACUCAUGAUAGGGUCCGAAGCCUCGAUGGAACACUUCGAAAAUCAAAACGCUGAAUGCCCACGAAUCAUUCGCUUCGAUACUAAUCUUCUUUUCUAUUGCUUCUGCUCUCGGAAUCCAUUUGGAACUAAACGAACAGCAGGUUGUGCAGUUGAAGUACUGUAUGAGGGUCUCGAGGAAGCAAAAGGAACUGAUUCGUUGGCAAUUUGGUAG